CCCAGUGCUCCUCACCAACCCCAGCCCACACCUCCCAGCAACUGAACUUGAAAAAAACCUGGUUAAAACCACUUCCUAUAUUUGAAACUAGAGAAGAGAGUGCUAUAGGCACUAUUUCCUGACUGAACCGGCCGGGCUGUUACUUAGACGCAGAGCCAGUGCAGACAGCCCCAGAGCCUGGACGGGCGGGCGAGGAUGACAGCCUGAGCGGAGGGAGUCCUCAUCCCCAGCCUCUCGGCGAGAUGCUAGCCAGAGGCUGACAGGGCCCGGCAUCCGACAGAGAAACACCCCUCCUCCUGGCCCCAGGUCGUAGCUGGCAGCAAGGACCAGGAGGAUGGAGCCAAGCUUGCUGAUGUGGGGAUUCUUCACAUUCACCAUGAUACCCGGCUGCAUGGCAGGGGCUUGCGUUCAGCAGCCGCCGAGCCUCAGAAACGCCACGUUCAAGAUCCUCGGGUACAAGGUGGGCACCACGUUAAACUGUGACUGCCAGAGAGGUUUCCGCAGAGACCCCAGCAGCGGGCCCUACAUGAUCUGCAGGGGAAACUCCAGCCACUCCUUCUGGGAAAACAAGUGCCAGUGCAUGCCCACCUCCUCCCCGAGGAUCCCCGUAAAACAAGUUACUCCUAGACCUGAAGAACAGAAGGAACGAAAAACCACAGAAACUCAGGGCCAGAUGCAGCCCCCGAACCAAGCUAAUCUUCCAGGUCACUGCGAGGAGCCCCCGCCGUGGGAGCACGAAUCUUUGAAGCGAGUUUACCACUUCAUGGAGGGGCAGACGGUUCAGUACCAGUGCCUCCCGGGGUUCAGGGAUGGGUCUGCCCAGAACAAUUCUGCCCAGAGUGUCUGCAAAAAGCAGGAGGACCAGGAGGUCAUGAGGUGGACGCAGCCCAAGCUCAAGUGCAAGAGUGAAAAGGAGAACGGCUCCUUCCCAGAGCCUCAGAUGAGCACUGCUGCUCCUCCCACGACUAAAACUUCCUUACCAACCAGGACCAAAGGUACCACAGAUUUCCAAAACCUCACGGAAGUGCCUACAACCAUGCAGCCGAUCAUAUUUACAACACAGUAUCAGCUAGCAGUGGCCGGCUGCGUCCUCCUGCUCCUCAGCAUCCUCCUCCUGAGCGGCCUCACCUGGCAGCGGAGAUGGAAGAAGAACAGAAGGACCAUCUAGAAAACCAAGGGCAGUAAGAAGCCAAGAGCAGCCCGCAGAGGUCACGACCCACAGUCAAAAUCAACGAAGCGAAACACUCAUCCAAGAAGCAUCUCCUGGUCCCGUGGGUCUGGGGCAGCUCUGCAGUCACAUCCCGAAAACCUCGGCAACUGCAACCCCAUCGUGACACCAGCGCUGGAGCAUCAGUGCGUGAGCGGGACCUGUGUCCAGGCAGCAAGUCUAAGAUCGCUGGAGGAACACGGAGGAACAACCACAAUUCUUGGCCCUGUUUUCACCUAUAUGGGCUCAUUAAAGCAGGACCGGCAUGGAAUGCUGUCCACACCACGUACGGCACAGAGAGGAGCAGCUUCCCGCUAAGUUCAUCCCGAUUUCUCAGGUUAGAAAUGGCAAGGACAGCCCUGGCACUAAGACGAAUAGACACGCACGCUCUCCACCCUGUGCAACUGGACCUUGUCCCUUGAGCCACAUGGAUCCUUUCCCAGCCUCUGGCUGACUGGCUCAUUCUCCUACUCACAUCCUUUAAUGAGAGCCCUCAAAGACCCCUGGACUGGCAACGAGGAACCCAUUUGUCCCUAGCUUAGUCCUCUGAACCAGCCCCCUUCCACUGAGCCUUCAAUUUUGAGUUUCUAAAGAGCAGAGGCCUUGGUGAGAUAAGCUUUGGGUAAAGACCAAAAGAGGGCAGCCCAGCCCUUGGAAAUGCAGGGCUUCGCUCUUUGAAAGGACUUCCCUGGAGUUAAUGUCAGGAGAAGCAGCAGCAGCGAGGUCCCAGGAAAUGGGUUAUUCCAGUCAAACAGCCUCAGCUCUGAGUAACUGAUGGGCCUCUUUAGUAAGAGCUGGGAUUCUUUGGGAUUGCUGAAAAUGAGACGCUGCCUUUGGCCUGCACAAAUUUAAUGUUUACAGACAGACACACGAUGUGCAAAUGUGUACAUUUCCAAAGAAGUGUCAUGAAAACACCGAUAAAGGAGCAACGCUUUCAAUGUUUGUGGAGGGAAAGAAAAAAAGAAGCAGUUGGGGUGGGGGGGAGAACAGAGUGGCUGUGGAAGAGGUCACCCCAGCCGUCCUCACACUGUCACCAAAACAUGGAGUGAAUCCAGAUCACCCAGAGGCCUCGUUCAACCCCAGAAGGCUGGGCCCACGUCCCGGUCCUGAGUCCGCAGGUCUGGGGUCGGGCCCGAGAACUUACAUUUCUAACGGGUUGCAGGUGAUGCUGCAGGUGCUGCUGGUCCGGGGGCCAGGCUUUGAGAAGCACGGGUUAGACCUCUCUGCAGCCCACCCCCAACGCCCACGGUAAAAAUCGGCCUCAGGUGCUGAGACCAACCUCUCGUGUGAGAUCCCAGGUCGCCAAUCAGUUGACUCAGCUGUCCUGGUUGAACAAUUAAGGAGACUAAUGAAAAAUUUAACCAGCAGCCAGUUUUCAUUUCUAAAGGCAGGAAAGUGUUAUGAAAAAAACAGGCAGGUGUCUGCAGGUCCAUCUCCAGAUUCAAGAACCAUUUUCUGUCCUCUGUGACCAACCAAGUACAAUGAGAUGCCAAGGCCACCCCACCCCCACCCCGUCCCCCGUGCAUGUUUUCUGGGUAAACUCACGUUGAGAGGAAUCUCAGACCCGAACCACAAAUCUUAAUCUUACUUAUUUUACUUGAGUACAGUUGGAUCAUCAUUCCUCACUUUAGGAGAGGGAGGUCUAUGAGAUAAAAGUGUUCUCCUAAGACGGUUGACCCUUGAACAACUUGGGUCUGAACUUCAAGGGUCCCCGCAUAAGCAGAUGUUUUUCUCAGUAAAUACUACAGUUCUACACCAUCCGUGGUUGGUUGAAUCCACAGAUGCAGAAUCAUCGAUACAGAGGGACCACAGGCACACAGAGCCCGUGGAUACAGAGGGCCAACUACAACUUACAUCUGGAUUUUUACUGCACGGAGGGAGGGGCUCACAUGGCCCCAUGUUGUUCAAGGGUCUCUCCUUCUCGGACACGUGUAUGGUGGGGUUUCCAGAAGCUCCAGGGAUGAUGUCGCCACUCCAGUGUUAAGAUAGGAGUUUACUACUGUUGUUUAUACACAAAUCAAUGAAUAGGAUUUUUUAAAUUUCUUGGUGUAAAUAUAGUAAACGUCACUAGACAGAACUACAUAAACAAAAGCGUGGGGCGACCCCAAUACUUUUUAAUAAGGUAAAAAAAAAAAAGCAAACAAGCACUCAUCGUCGGUCAUUUCACAAAUAAAUCAAAACCAUGGUGAGAUACCACUUCAUACCCACGAAGGUGACAAUAAGGGGACAAGGGAAAUAACACGGUUGACAUGAAUGUGGCGGAACAGAAACCCUGGCGCGUUGCGGGUGGGAAUGCAAAACGGUGCAGCCACUGUGGUGGUCCUUCCUCAAAAAGUUAAACACGGAAUUGCCACGUGACCCAGCGAUUCCACUCCUGGGUAUGUCGCCCAGGAAAGAAGACAACCCACGUCCACACGGGAAUUGUACGUGUCGGUUUAUAACGGCAUUAUGGCCAAAUAGCCAGGAAAUGGAAACCACCCGAAUGCCCACCAGUGGGUAAAUGGAUGAGCCAACGGUGGUCUCCGCACACGGCGAUAUGAGUCUGCCAUGAAAAGAAUGAGUCCCGAGAAAGCCUAUGGCGUCCACAAGCUAAGAACCAUGAAGCAAAGUGAAAGAAGCCGCCACACAGGUCACAUGUUGUACAAUUCCUUCUAUGCCAAGUGUCCAGAACAGGCAGCUCCAAAGAGACAAAAAGCAAGUGAGUGAUCACCGGGGCGGGGGCGAGUGGCCCUUUAUGGGUACAGGGUGUUUUUCUGAAUGACUGGCCACCAGGGGCCUGCUGCCUAGCACAGAGAACUCCACCUGAUCUUCUGAGAUUAAAAAAAAACAAAAAAACAAAAAAAAAACAGUGAUAAUCUGUGUGGGAAAAGAAUCUGAAAGAGAAUGGCUGUGUGUACGCGUGUCACGGAAUCACUCUGUUGUGCAGCAGAAGGGAAUCACAACCUUGUACAUUAACUACACACUUCAAUAAAGAUUUUAUUUUUA